AUGCAGGGUCCUUCUUUGGAUGAUGAUGAAGUGGUUGGGUUUGAUGGGGAAGCUAAGAAAGUGAUCAAGCGACUUGUUGAAGGACCCGCGGAAAGUCUGGCAAUUAUCCCAGUGGUGGGUAUGCCCGGACUUGGAAAAACAACACUGGCAAGAAAAAUCUACAAUGAUAAUACGCUUUCAUUUGAAUUUUUCAGCACCAUUUGGAUUUAUGUGGGUCAGGAAUACAAAAUAAAGGAUAUUUAUCAUAGAAUUCUCAAAUAUUUCAAAAAGAAUAUAGAUGAGCAUCUCAAUGAGGAUGAGGACACAUUAGCAAAGGUAAUAAGUGGUUUUAUGAGUAAAGGAGGAAGAUGUCUCAUUGUUUUAGAUGAUGUGUGGGAACCAAAUGUCAUUGAUCACGUAAAGAAAGUUUUCCCAGAAAACAAGAAGGGGCAUCGAAUCAUGAUGACCACGCGUGACGGAUAUCUAGCUGCUUAUGCCAAUCCAGAACCUCAUAUUCUGAAAUUCUUGACUUCAGAAGAAAGUUUUGAAUUGUUGGUAAAGAUGGUUUUUGGCAUGGGAAGUUGUCCUGAUGAAUUAGUAGAACUUGGAAAAAAUAUCGCACAAAGCUGUGGUGGAGCACCAGGUGCAGUAUUGGUAAUUGCAGGAGCAUUAAGAGGUCGUUCGAAUAUAACUGAUUGGCAAGUAGUUGAGAGAAAUGUGGCACAACAUCUUUAUAAUAAUAACCAAGAGAGUUGA